UUCUGUAAGAUUUGUAACUGCGAUUUUAGUGUCUCCCACAGGGGAAGGAACGACAUCAGUCAGCAUGAAAUAUCGACCAAGCACAAGCACUGGCUAGAGGCACAGAAACAUGCCCAGGCGAUGUCAACAUUUGUGACUAGAAAUACCACCGAGGCAGACCAGGUCAUAAAUGCGGAGGUUAAAAUGGCAAUGCUGUGUGCCAAAAACAAUGUUGCUUUCAACUUCUGUGAUGACUUCAAUAAGUGUGUAGCUGAAAUGUUCCCGGACUCUGCUAUCGCACGAAAAUUCUCAGCGGGCAAAACCAAGGCUACCCAACUCAUCAAAGGUGCCAUAGCAGCAGAGCUAGAUGACAAGUUGGCCAAAACAUGCCGAUCUCAGCCAUUUUCUGUGAUGUGCGACGAAUCGAACAACAGAAAAGCAAAUAAAGAAUUCGUCAUCCUAACUAUACUCUACGAUGAGGCCACUCUGCAGGUCGUUACAAGAUUCAUGGAGAUGCCUGUAUGCAACGUGGGAAAUGCAGAAAAUCUGUAUGAAAAACUGAGUGAAGCACUAAGAAAAAGAGGCAUCCCAUGGGAGAACCUGAUAGCCUUUAACUCUGAUAAUGCGAGUGUCAUGAAAGGCAGAUACAACUCUGUUAUCAGCAGAUUGAAACAGAGCCAGCCCCACGUCCAGGACCUUGGCUGCAUCUGCCACCUAGCACAACUGGCCACUGGCUGUGGCAUCAGAGCAGCCCAGGCCUACUUUAACAGUCAUGAGGAGGUGGAGAGGGGUGCCAAAGUGCGCGAUCUAGCAAGCCAUCUGCGUGAUCCAAUCGUGAAGGCUUACUUCAUGUUCCUGAGUGUUGCCCUUAAGCCUUUAUCUGAAUUUAAUAUUGUCUUCCAAGUGGGUGUCAAUCAUAUUGGAUGA